CAACCUGCAAACAAAAUCGAAGAAGAAGAAGAGCGAACGUUUGCAGAGGCAGUUUCUUCCGUUUGAGGCAGAACAAAGUAAUGUAACGUAGCUUUCUUUAGUUUGGAUCAACGCUGAGCUCCAACUACCCAGAAACUGUCUAAGGAAAAUCAGGAAAGAAGCUGAAAGCAGCGACAUGGAGACGGAGAGCUUCAGAAAGAGAGACUCCUGAAGCAGCUAAGACGAAAAUAAGGUGCGACACAUCAUGGAGGCUGGUUUCAACCCCACGGUUCUGCUGGACGGGUUAGAAAGAGCAAAGAGUCAGGGAGGAGACAUUAGACCAGAGGCCAGAAGCAGAUCUUCCCAGAUGUUAAGCAGAUGCUGAUGGUUAAAGAAGAAGCUCCUGAAGACCACCGAUCUGUUGCUGAGCUGCAUGACCCAAACCCGCACCAGAUAAAGGAGGAGCAGGAAGAAGUCUGCAUCAGUCUGGGAGGAGAGCAGCUCAACAAGAAGGAGGAGAUUGAUGUCAUCAGGUUUCCAGUCUCUACUACUCCUAUAAAGAGUGAGGAUGAAGUACAGUCCAUUCUGCUCUCACAGAAUCUUUAUCACGACCAAAUUAAAGGCAGAGAUCUUCCAGAAGAGAAUGAUGAAGGUGAAUCCAUCAAGAUUGAAGAAAUCGAACCAUCUCCACAAUCUUCUGAGACUGAAGAUUCUGAGAAUGACGAAGAGGACGAUGAUGUAAACCAUGUCUCUGAGUUGAAACACUUGUCAGAUUCUGGACUGAAAACUAGUGACAAGAGCAAUGCCUGGAAGUCAAAUGGAGACAUUCUUAACAAAUCUUUUAGCUCAUUUGAGUUUGAUGUUCCCAGUUACUCUCUUCAGACUGGUGGAGCACAUUCACAAAUAGGGUCUUCAAGCUCAGUUGAUAAUAGUAAAUGUUUUACAGAGGAGAAAAACGCAGAUUCACAAACUAAAGUACAGACAGAAGGGAAGUUUAGCUGUGAAGACUGUGGAAAAACAUUUGCUAGAAAAAAUACUUUAAACAGACAUAAGAGAACCCACACAGGACAGAAACCUUUCUGUUGUGAUGUUUGUGGACAAAGAUUUAACCUGAAACAAACUUUAAACAUACACAUGAGAAUCCACACGGGACAGAAACCUUUCUGUUGUGAUCUUUGUGGACAAAGUUUUAGCCAUAAAUCGACUUUAAUCAGACACAGGAGAGUCCACACAGGAGAGAAACCUUUCUGUUGUGAUUUUUGUGGACAAAGAUUUACCGAUAAAGGAAGUUUAAACACACACAGGAGAAUCCACACAGGACAGAAACCUUACUGUUGUGAUCUUUGUGGACAAAGAUUUAGACAAAAAUUACAUGUAAACAUACACAUGACAGUCCACACAGGACAGAAGCCUUACUGUUGUGAUAUUUGUGGAAAAAGACUUGGCCAUAAAGUAAGUUUAAGCACACACAUGAGAAUUCACACAGGACAGAAACCUUUCUGUUGUGAUAUUUGUGGACAAAGAUUUAGUCAGAAAUCUAACUUAAAUACACACAUGAGAAUUCACAUAGCAGAAACCUUUCUGUAGUGAUGUCUGCGAACAAAGACUUAGCCAUAAAUCACUUGUAAACAUACACUUUGUGUGUCCACACAGAACAGAAAUCUUUCUUUUAUGCUUUUUGUGGUCAAAGAUUUGGCAAAAAAACAAAGUUUAAACACACAUAUGAGACUCCACAAAGGA